UUCCCUAUCAAAUUUCUAUCAGAGUACAUGUCAUAAUGUAGGGCGUUCGUUGGCAAUGCAAGCGGGUGGGUAAAGUCAUAGAAGUAGAAUCACGUAUGUUGGAUAUAGUGCACUAUAUAUCAUUCAAACGCAGAGCACCAGAGAGGACGCCAAGAUUAUAUCGUGUUAACAGAUCAUUUGUCCAACCAUGGCCCGGAUAUCUACUGCAGUAGUGGUGGCGGCUGUGGCUACUGUGAUCUACUUGUACAUAAGAUCUAAUCAGAAGUCUGAUUUGUCCACCGUGACCCUUAACAAGACAUACGACUACAUUAUUGUUGGUGCUGGAUCCACGGGUUCUGUAGUGGCUAACCGACUCUCCGAGGACAGAGGCAGCAGUGUGCUACUUCUAGAGGCUGGAGGUGAGGAGGAGGAGAACCCCCUGAUCUCUGUUCCUUUGGCUGCUCUCGACACACAAAAAUCAGAACAGGAUUGGAUGUACUUUACAGAACCACAAAACAACGCAUGUUUAGGUUUGAAUGAAAAUAGGAGUUACUGGCCACGUGGGCACGUGCUUGGAGGAAGUAGUGGACUGAACUGGAUGGUAUACAUGAGAGGAAAUCGACAUGAUUACGACAGCUGGGCGAAUGAGGGAUGUGAAGGAUGGAGCUAUAAAGAUGUUCUCCCAUAUUUCAUUAAGUCAGAAAAUGUCGAGAUCUCUGAGUUCAAAACAUCUAACUAUCACGGGAAGAGCGGGCCUCUGUAUGUUAUCGGUCCAACACCGACCAUACUACAGGAAAAAUAUAUCAAGGCGGGCCAGCAUCUAGGAUAUAACUUUGUGGACUGUAACGGAGAGGACCAAAUAGGAUUUUGCAGGAUACAAGCGACAAUACACAAAGGUGUGCGAUGGAGCACAUAUCAAGCCUUCCUCAAGCCUGUAAUGACGAGACCAAACCUACACGUGGCCACGCGCUCCUUUGUUACCAAGGUUAUUAUAGAAAACAAGAAGGCAGUGGGAGUAGAGCUGAUCAGGAGAAAUAAGAAAAUAAGAGUGUACGCCAGGAAGGAGGUGAUAUUAUCCGGAGGUGCAAUCAACACACCCCAGUUACUGAUGUUGUCGGGAAUCGGACCAAAAGAACAUCUUAAAGAGAUGGGGAUACCCGUGGUCGCUGACCUACCUGUAGGUAAUGACCUACAGGACCACAUACUUAUACCUGUAGUACAGAACAUCAAUGUAUCUGCAGCAUUGACAGAUCAGAAGGUCCUCAGCGUUUCAACAACACUUCAAUAUCUCCUGCUGAAAUCAGGUUACCUAUCGUCGACCGCAUUGGAGGGAAUGGGUUUUGUGUAUACGGAUGGAUCCACCAAGGAUACAGGGCGAAGUCCAGAAAUACAGAUUCAUUUCAUAAGUGCUCAUGGGCUUACGGAAGAAGGAAAAGCGCAUUCGCCGUUCAAUUAUAGGGAUGAUCUUAUGGAUAAGAUCUUUUCAUACGACGUAGCCAAGGAGACGAUGACAUUUUUACCAACCCUUCUCCAUCCUAAAAGUAAAGGAACGAUCCGGCUCAAGAGCCGAGAUCCUUUCGACCAUCCCGCCAUACAGCCGAACUACCUCCAGGAGCCAGAUGACGUCAAAACACUCAUAUCAGCAAUGAGAAUCAUAGAGAGGCUUAUAUCCACGCCAGUCUUGCAAGAGAUUGGAAUGGACCUUGACAGCAAGUCGACAAUGAGCGAGGUUUGUAAACAUCAUACUUUCCGGUCUGAUGCAUUCUGGGACUGCUACAUACGACAUUACACUUUGACGGUGUACCAUCCAACAAGUACAUGCCGUAUGGGGGCUAUGGACGAUCCGACAGCUGUAGUUGAUCCCUUCCUCCGCGUCAGGGGUAUAUCAGGUCUACGUGUCGCCGACGCGUCGGUGAUGAGGAACGUCCCAUCGGCUAACACAAACGCCGCCUGCAUUAUGAUAGGAGAGAAGGCCGCUGACCUCAUUAGAGACAAGGACACCGUCGGGAAUAUCAAACGAAUUCUACAAAAAAGUAAAAUUUCAUGAUCAUUGUUGAUCUACUUUGUAGAAUAGCAAGUUGCCAAAUUCAUAUUUCAUGUUUUAUUUGAUAAUGUAUGCUUCAUGAAGCAUGUGUAUUUGUUAAUUUAAAGUAUUAAAAUGGUUUUUUAAAUA